GUGAUCGUUCUUUCCGCCUUUCAACGUGAACAAUUAGGAAGACCGUUGUGUCCGGAUAUGAGCGCUAAUUGGAAAGACGCGUGGGCAGUACAUUCCGAUGUCUUAGACUGGCUCGUCGCCAGUGGAAACGAUUGGAAAAUACACGAACAAUGUCAAGUCUACCAACAAGAAUCUAACGAUGUCCAGAGAGCUGUUUACAGGUUCCUGAUAGAAUGUGACCCAUCUCUGUUGCUAGAAUACAAUGUGUCUCUAGGCAGCUAUGUGCUCAACAACUACCGAGAAGCUGCGAAGACGAUACAAGAGGUUUGUUACACUCUCAUCAGCCAGCUACAAUGGAUUCCGUGUCAAUUCAAUAUUUGCAAAAGCCAGGUUUCAGUCGUCCUCAGGCUACUGUCUCUUCCUACGAUACCAGAAUACGAGAUCUCAUCGACAACGGAUAUUCCUCCAAUUCAAAAUCGUGCCAACCUAGUGACGUUCACUGGAAUUGUCUCGGGCCUGUCGACGGUCACCAAAUACACGCUAAAAAGUGUUGUAACUUUCAGGCAAAGUACACGCUAUUACUGCUCAUCCGACCAUGCAGAUCGGUUCAACUACAUUCGAGUUCACAAACCCGGUGCCUCUGAAGCUGCUACAGCCAGAAACGACUUCCUCUGUGACCAGUGUGGUUCUCUAUUACAGGAAGACGUCACCUGCAGACUUUUAUCGGACAAGGUGACCGUAGAUAUGAUUCCAUUCGAUGCUAUUCGCAGUCAGUCAGAAAAGAGGCCGCCAACGAGGUUCCAAAGUUUGACGGUCAUUUUGAGAGAUGAGCUUAGUCACGGUGUCCACAUCGGGCAGCGUUGCAGCAUAAUUGGAAUCCCUGUCUACAAUGUUGUCGAAGUUCACGGUCACUGCCUGGGUAACGUUUAUCUAGAGGCAAACAACGUCAUACUAGAAUCCACGUCGUGCAGUAUCACCACCCAUUCACUUGUCGGUUCUGCUACUCUACAGUCGCUUCUAGCAAUUGCCGUGCCAUCUCUCUCCCCGGGAAUGUCGCAGCUAAUCCGCGAUUGUAGCUUUUCUCCGUGGUCUUUCUCUGCUACUUUAGCGUACAUCUUUGCAGGUACACAGCGUUGGCGCGUGCUUGUUUGCGUGCAUGCACGUCGGAACUUGCACACUUUCCCGAAUUCUCUUUUCGCAGGCACCAUUACACCACCCGGCACUUUUCACAAGUUAAAACUGUCAAUCCUUCUCAGUCUCGUCAACGUAAUAUCCAAAUCGCACCAGCAAGACAAAGACAGCAAAUUACCGAACGACAAGUCUCUCUUUCAUCUGCUAGUCAUAGGACGACACGUUGUAGAAAUUCAACGUUUACUGUCUUAUUCAUCAUCUCUUAGUCCCAUCUGCUGUCACCAUCAGUCAUCAAACGACAUGUUCGGUACCGCCACGAAAGAUAAGUUCGGAGCAAAUGCAUUUAUCGAAGGAGGCUCGCUGUUGCUAUCUACCGACGGGGUAUGCCUCAUUGACGAUGUCAUCGGACUGAAAAAAGAAGCACUGAAGAGACUCCAGACAAGCAUGGAAAAUGAUGAGGUAUUCAUCGAUAUACCCAAGAGAUUCACUGACGAACUGCAUCGGGAACAACAGCAAAUGAUAGUCAAGCUUUCUUCUACAAUUUGGGCAAGCUGCAGUUCAGAGGCAUCGAGAGAGCGCAAAGGUCAAACAGCUGACACAAACGGAACUACCGGGAAGGAAGCCGUCCCUCUUAGUAAAUCUCUUACCGACCGAUUCGGUCUGCUCGUAUUCACUGACGAGGAAAACGUGUCUACGGAUACCUGGGCAGAGCAGCAGUUGACAGAGCACUUACUGGGCUUAUCGACGAUGUCUUCUAUACCUGAUUCAAAUCCAUUCCCAGUCAACGACAGGGAUAUCGUGCAACUCUUGUACCGUGCUGCAUUCCUAAAAUCGACGUUCUGUGCUUCUGCUUUGGAGCUGAUUCGGGCCUUCUACCUCGCCAGUCGCCGCAUACGCGGCUCCAGCGUUCACGGAACUGACAUUUCAGUCACGGCUCUACACGCGAUGAAAUCACUGGCAGCAGCCCAUGCAAAGCUGCACUUACGAAACGAGGUUCUAGAAGAAGAUGCGGUGUCUGCUAUCCAUUUGUGCGAAGAAGCCAUGACGUCGCAAUACGGUUAUUCGCUAGUGGGAGUAAAGCCUUUGCCCCACUUUCAGGACAGCAAAACAGACACUUACAUUGGGAAAGAAUAUGAUGCCCGAAUGAGACAAUUUCAUCUUCAUCUCCUUCGAUUUUGUACGUCACAUGGAUAUUUGGGGUUCACAGCGAGAGAGGAAUAGCAAGAUUACGGUUGCAUCUGGCAAACUUUUAACAUUACAAUAAUACUGUUCUGCUACGAGUAUAGUAAUGUGUAUAUAUGCACAAGCAACAAUUAAGUAAUCUAACAACAAAUAAUAGAGUGUAAACGUAAA